GGAGUUGUCUUUUUGGGGUUUCCUUGGUUGUUUAUAUGCUAACACCGUCUUGCUAAGUUGACGUUUGUUAGCUCUGGGAAGUUUCUGAAUUUGUGUAUAAAACAAACAGUGAGCGAAGAUGGGAUGUGACGGAGGAACUAUUCCUAAAAGACACGAACUGGUUAAAGGACCAAAGAAGGUGGAAAAGGUGGACAAAAAUGCAGAGCUUGCUGCCAAGUGGAAAUACUGCGGCCUGAGCCAAGAGAAGCUGCGCCGUCCUAUUGUGGCCUGUGAGCUGGGGAGGCUGUACAACAAAGAUGCCAUCAUUGAGUAUCUGUUGGAUAAAUCAGGAGAAAGACCAAACACUGACGUUGUUGCACACAUACGUGGCAUCAAGGACGUGAAAGAGUUGAAUCUGACUGAUAACCCAGCAUGGGAAGGGGAGAGGAGGAACGCUAAAGGUGACUGCUAUGAAGACAUGCAUUGCGCCAUGUUUAUCUGCCCUGUCGUGGGACUGGAAAUGAACGGCAAACACAAGUUUUGCUACUUGCUUACCUGUGGCUGCGUGUUUUCAGAACGAGCUCUCAGGGAGGUGAAGACCGAGAUCUGUCAUAAGUGUGGAGACCCCUUUCACGAAGAUGAUAUUGUGGUGCUGAACGGCAGCAAAGAGCAGCAAGAGAAGCUGCAGAAGGCAAUGGAGGAGAGAAGAGUCAAAGCUAAAGCAACAAAGAAGUCAAAGAAAAACAAGGCUCUUGAGACUGUUUUCAAAUCACCAGACCCAAAAGUGUCCGAGUCUAAAUCAGCAUCAGCAAAUGGAGAGAGCAGCAGCAGUGACUCAGCUCCAGGGCCCUCUGGCUCUUCUAAGCUAAUGAAGCCCACUGCUGCAGCGGGGAAUAAACGGUCCAUUCAGGAUAUGGAGAAGUCUGAGGCCUACAAAUCCAUCUUCACAUCUCACAGCUCUGCCAAACGUACUAAAGACCAGAUGUCCAACUGGGUCACCCACACACCAUACCACUUUUAAGAGCCAUAAGUGGGGGGGGGAGUGCCCACUUUUUUUUUUUUUUUAAUAAUGCAUUUAAAUUCUUCCUUUGAGGACAUUUUACUGAACUUAGUAAUUGUGUUUUGUGGUUAUAAUACAUUAUUCAUCCAAAUGCCUACUUUGUGUGAGCAUUUUUUUUUAUAGCAUGUUUGCAUUUACCCGAACACAAUUUGACAGGCAAAACAUGUUUUGAAGCUUUUUUGGGGGGGGGCAUCUGGUGUAUUUUCAGUUUUCUGUUAUUGCUUCACUUAUUUUUUUCCACAGUAAUCUUGUGAUUUAAGUUAAACUGCUGUAAUAGAAAUAUUCAAGUGGUUCGCAUGGUUUGGGUUCACUUGUCUGCUUAAAAGGAAGGGUCACUGCAAAUUUGUAUAAAAUUAUUCUGACCUGACCAAACAUUUCUAUACUAUAGAAGAUGUGUCUUACAGGCAGUAACAAUGCCCCCAUCCACACAGUGUAAUGAAUAAUUUGAUGAGUCAUAGGGCAUGUCUGUCUCGCUCUCCCUAGAUCCCAGCCAAUUUGAAUAUUUCCAAAGCAGCAGUUUUGGUGUGCCUUAGCAUAGAUAAAGAUGAUCAUUCAAAAUAACUUUUUGUAUUAAUUUAAAUUUUGCCCCUUCGCUCGGAAGUGAAAAAGUGGCUCCAAACUAUGACAAAAAAAUACCCCAGUGCAUAACAGAGCCAGAAGUUUCUCCUUUAAUUUGUCACCCACCUGUAUGUCUUGUCUGGCAGCAUCUUGAAUAAACUUUAGAAAGACUUGCUUGAA